UUCCCUUGUGCAAAGAACUCAACAUGUAUCCACAAGGCCGGCAUCCGGCACCCCACCAGCCAGGCCAACCAGGCUUCAAGUUCACAGUUGCAGAGUCCUGCGAUAGGAUCAAAGACGAGUUUCAGUUCCUGCAGGCCCAGUACCACAGUCUUAAAGUGGAGUAUGAUAAACUGGCCAAUGAAAAGACAGAAAUGCAGCGUCACUACGUCAUGUAUUAUGAGAUGUCCUAUGGGCUCAACAUUGAGAUGCACAAACAGACUGAAAUUGCCAAACGCCUCAAUGCAAUUCUGGCUCAGAUCAUGCCAUUCUUGUCACAAGAGCAUCAACAGCAGGUAGCUCAGGCUGUUGAACGAGCCAAGCAGGUGACAAUGACUGAGUUGAAUGCUAUCAUCGGGCAGCAGCAGCUUCAGGCACAGCACCUCUCUCACGCUGCCCACGGCCCCCCGGUCCAGCUACCCCCUCACCCUUCAGGCCUGCAGCCGCCUGGCAUCCCACCCUUGACAGGUGCUGGCUCCGGUUUGCUGGCUCUGGGCGCUCUUGGGAGCCAGGCCCACCUGCCUGUAAAGGAUGAGAAGAACCACCAUGACCUGGAGCACCGAGAACGAGAGUCCAGCACGAAUAACUCGGUGUCGCCUUCAGACAGCCUGCGAGUAGCGAGCGAGAAGCACCGCAGCUCUUCAGAUUACGGCCUUGACUCCAAGAAACGCAAAGUGGACGACAAAGACAGCAACCGAGGAUAUGACAGCGAUGGAGAAAAAAGUGAUGACUUAGUGGUGGACGUCUCCAAUGAGGAUCCAGCAACCCCUCGAGUCAGCCCUGCCCACUCUCCUCCAGAAAAUGGCCUGGAUAAGUCACGAGUGCUGAAGAAGGAUGCUGCCCCCAACAGCCCCGCUUCCGUCGCCUCUUCAGGCAGCACGCCAUCCUCAAAGGCAAAGGACCACACCCAUAAUGACAAGUCAUCAACACCGAGCCUCAAGUCCAACACACCCACUCCGAGGAAUGAAGCACCAACACCAGGAACCAGUACUACUCCAGGACUCCGCCCUUUACCUAUGGGCAAACCACCUGGGAUGGAGGCACUAGCUGCCCCAGCUCUGCGGACACCUCUGUCAAUUGCUGGUUCUUAUGCCACCCCAUUUGCCAUGAUGGGUCAUCAUGACAUGAAUGGCUCCCUAACCAGUCCUGGCAUGUAUCCAGGACUCAUUUCACCACAGAUGAGUGCUGCAGCUGCUGCCGCCUAUGGACGCUCACCAAUUGCAGGGUUUGACCCUCACCCUCACAUGAGAGCUCCCGGCCUUCCAGCAAGUCUCACUUCAAUUUCAGGAGGAAAACCAGCUUAUUCCUUUCAUGUAAGUGCAGAUGGUCAGAUGCAGCCCGUGCCCUUCCCUCCAGAUGCACUGAUAGGCCCGGGCAUCCCACGUCACGCUCGCCAGAUCAACACACUGAGCCACGGGGAAGUGGUGUGUGCAGUCACUAUCAGCAACCCCACACGUCACGUUUACACCGGUGGCAAAGGUUGCGUCAAGAUCUGGGACAUCAGCCAACCAGGCAGCAAGAGCCCAGUUUCCCAACUUGACUGCUUGAACAGAGACAAUUACAUCCGCUCCUGCAAGCUGUUGCCUGAUGGCCGCACCCUAAUAGUGGGCGGUGAGGCCAGCACAUUGACCAUCUGGGACCUGGCCUCACAGACGCCCCGCAUAAAGGCCGAGCUCACUUCCUCUGCUCCGGCCUGUUACGCACUGGCCAUUAGCCCUGAUGCCAAGGUCUGUUUCUCCUGCUGCUCUGAUGGGAACAUCGCUGUGUGGGACCUCCAUAACCAGACCCUUGUCAGGCAGUUUCAGGGCCACACAGAUGGAGCCAGCUGUAUCGACAUCUCCCAUGACGGGACCAAACUGUGGACCGGAGGGCUCGAUAACACAGUCCGCUCCUGGGAUUUGAGAGAGGGCCGACAGCUCCAGCAACACGAUUUUACCUCACAGAUCUUCUCAUUGGGCUACUGUCCCACUGGAGAAUGGCUGGCUGUUGGGAUGGAGAGCAGCAACGUGGAGGUGCUCCAUCACACAAAGCCUGACAAAUACCAGCUGCAUCUUCACGAAAGCUGCGUCCUCUCCCUCAAAUUUGCCUACUGCGGGAAAUGGUUUGUGAGCACAGGGAAGGACAACCUCCUGAACGCAUGGAGGACUCCUUACGGCGCCAGCAUAUUCCAGUCGAAGGAGUCGUCCUCCGUCCUGAGCUGCGACAUCUCAGCAGAUGACAAAUACAUCGUGACGGGAUCUGGUGACAAGAAGGCCACCGUCUACGAGGUCAUCUACUAAACCGAGGAGGCUUCCUGCUUCAACACUUCCACUGAGAUUAUUUUUGUUUUUCUCUCUGACCAAAUGGAUCACGGUGGAUUUAAGCAUCUGGAACUGCAGCAGAUGUUUGUACUGGAAGGAGGUUAACCUUUUUUGACCCUUUGUUUUAGGGGUGCACAUUUUGAGAGAUCUGGAGUGAUCCCCACCUCUUCUUUUUGGAUGUAACCCUGUGAAGCGGAUCUUCGUUUCUGAGAAGCUCAUUCCUUAAACUUUUUUUGUGCAAA